AUUAAAUAAAAUGGAAACAAAGCAAUUCUUUACGCCCAUUCCUACUACUAACUUGACGCUUAGUACCAAGGCAAAGAGAAGAAUGAGAACUUCUCGUGAAGAAACUGCUAUUUUAGAAAGCUAUUAUAAGCAAAAUCCCAAUCCAAAUCAAGAGCAAAAACAAGAAAUAGCAGAGGCAGUUAAAAUGGGUGUUAGAAAUGUUCACUUCUGGUUUCAGAAUAGAAGAGCAAAGGACAACAAAAUAAAGAAGCUUAUAAAGCAAAAGGAGUUUGAGAGAUUGCAUUUGAAGCAACAACAAGCUGACUCUUUAGCCGCCUCUAGUAUCAAUCAUAUUGUUAACAACAAUAACUCAAUCCCAAAGAGAAACUCAAACUUGAAACAUCAGCAACAGUCUUUUGUUUCUCAUCCUGUUCUGUUGAAUUAUGAACAAGUAGUCAAUGGUGGUGAAUGUAGUAAUAAUGAUACCAAUGAUGCUAAGGAAGACAGCUUAUCACCAGCUCAACGUCAAAAAGGAAAGUUCAAGUUACCUCCCAUUUCCACCUUCAUGACUCCCAAGUAUGCUGGUCUCUCUGUUCCUUUUUAUUUCCAUCAUCCAAACUUUGGCAUUGAGGACUCUAUGAUCCAAUUGGCUUACCUUCGAGGUCAACAGCAAAAUUAUUAAAGCUCAGCUCAGGACCGCCCUAAUUCUUUUGACCCCCUCUCUCUAGCUUUUUUUUCUUUUGC